AUGGUGACCAACAUGAACUGGAACUUCCUCUUCCUGGCUCUCUCUUUCACUUUCUGCCCAUUUGUCCACAGCUUGCAGGGGAAUGACUCCAUCUCCAUGGAUGCCUUUCUUCAAGAAACUGCCUUCAAGACCCUGGUUCGACGCAGGCCUUACACGGGUGCUUUAUACCGAGCCAGCCUCCCGGCGAAUCUCUCCGGCAUGGAGGUGUCGGUCGUCCGGCUAAGAAGCCGGAGGCUGUGGGAGAAAGGAGCUAAUUUCAGUCACUUUGGCAUUCCAUCGAACACCUUGCCGGUGCCGCACGUUAGAAGAAUGGUAAUUGUGUACCAAGAUUUCGGCAACUGGUCUGCCUCCUACUUCAGAAUUCCAGGCUUCUCACUGCUAACUCCAGUCGUUGGAUUCAUGGUUUUCAACGCAUCAUCAAACACAGAACCCAAGAACAUCACAAAACUCAGCAUCAACACAAAGGAAAACCCCAUAGAAAUCCACUUCCGCGACCUGAAAUUCCCUUCAGGCAAAUCGUCGAACACAAGGUGCGCAGAGUUCGACGAAAAUGGUGCGUUUCAUCUGACCCAAAUGGGCUCCCCGGACGUGUGUUACUCCAGAAAACAGGGCUACUUUGCAGUGGUUUCAAAGUUGAAGAGGAAGAAGACGAGUUGGUAUUUGUGGGUGAUUGGGUUUGUUUUGGGCGUUAGUGGGAUGGUGGUGGCUGGAUAUGCCGCCAUGGUUUCGAUCAGAGCUUUGAAGACGAAGAAGAUUCAGAUAAUGGAGAAACAGGCCGAUGAAGAUUUGGUUCUUCAGAGUAGAUGGGUUGGGAGCAGCAAAAUGCCGAGUGCAGCUGUGACAAGAACAUUGCCAGUUCUUGAGAAUUCAAGUUUUCCAUGA